GCAAUUCCUGAUUUCUAUCCCAGUGUCUCGCAUGGAAUGAAGGUUGAAGACAUCUCCACCAUGAUCUGACAACCUUCAGGUGUGGCUUCGACCCCAGUAGCUUGCAAUGAUUCUGUGGGCAGAAUCGGCCUCCCAUCUACUCGGCGAGGGAAUGGUCUGGGUUUGCCGCCCUGCCAAGUUGAGCGAGUAAGAAAGUCCGAAGAAGCCCGCGGAACCGCGAUUGGGUCACACACAGCCGAUGAGCAAUGUUAAGACAAGUGGUUACAUGUCUUCACGCUAUCGAGCUUGACAGGAGGCUAGACUGUCGGGGAAAGGCGCUAGUCGUCAAGCAGCGUUUCGUCGUGUCUUCAGACUUCACAGAACAGAUUUAGCUGCCCCAUAUGUCUCGACUGAGCUCUUUCAAAGGCACAUACCUACACAAUUUUUUGGAAGGUCAAAAUCGUCUUGUUCACUGGUCAGGCAUGAUAUCUUACUACUCAGAACCUGGGUUUGGCUGCCUCUCACAGCCCGCCGACCUUCACUUGAGAAUACGUGCUCUGGGGAAAGGGUUCUUCAAGACACACUCUCUCCCUUGCAUCCCUAAAUGCAGAGUUUGCUGCGUCUAGCUCUCGCACAUCGAACACUCGCUUGGAGGCUCAACAUGAUUCCGGGAAGACCUUGAAUCUCGAGCUUCUGCUCCAGCCGCGGACCGGUUCCGCAGUUGGCGGCUCGGAGUCAAGACGUUUGCGACGGGCGGCUAGUUUUUGAUCUGGACUUCGAUCCACCUCUCUAAUGCCAGUAGCAGCCCUUUUAAAGUUGAGAGAGAGGCGCUUGGUCUGAUCCACGUGGCGUGUGAUGGGCUUCAAGCUGCCCCUGCUUCCGGCAUCAUGUGGGAGAGUUCAUCGUGCCUCAUGGGUCGGGACAGAAGAGGGCAACAUUGAGGCACGCCUAAGAAGUUCAGAAUCGGUGGCGGACUCAUGGCGCGCCUCGAGAUUUCAGCUAGCCAGGGAGACAACGGCGAGACUCCCUUUCGCAAAGUAUAAGACCAUGUGAGGGAACACCGAUGUUUGGAAUGUUUGACUCACCCUAUCCCUAGCUCCCACAUGGUGAUCUCACGCGAAUUAACUCAGUGCUCAGCGGGGUUAUCAAGUAUAAAGUAUCAAGAUCAACGCUUCCCGAAUAGUCGAAUCCGAGCGAAAGGAUCAUCACUCUUUCUGAUUUCGUUUACACACACUCGUUCUUUUCAUUCGUUGCUCAUCCCUUCCUCUUUCGGACGUUCUUCAACGCCGACUCACAUUCUUUUUAUACAAUGGGCAACCGUAAGACACCUGGCCUUCUCGCCAUCUUGACAUCUGCUGUUUCGGUCGCCGCUCACGGCCAUGUCACUAACAUCGUCGUCAACGGCGUCUCAUACCGCAACUACAUCCCCGUCCAGGACCCAUACACCAACAACCCGCCUCUCGUAGCCGGCUGGACGAUAGAUCAGCGCGAUAACGGCUUUGUCGCACCUGACGCUUACAACGCUCCGGACAUCAUCUGCCACAGACAAGCAGUGUCUGGCAAGGGCCGAAUCACAGUUGCUGCCGGUGAUACUGUGCAGCUCCAAUGGACGGAAUGGCCUGACAGCCACAAGGGCCCCGUUAUGGACUUCUUGGCAAACUGCAAUGGACCUUGCAACGCCAUCGACAAGACAGCACUCAAGUUCUUCAAGAUUGGCGGCGCAGGCUUGAUCAACCCUCCCCAACAGACAAACCAGUGGGCAGCAACCGUGUUGAUCAAUAACGGCAACGCCUGGUCUGUCCGUAUCCCACCCAAUGUUGCUCCAGGCCACUACGUUCUUCGUCACGACAUUAUCGCUCUUCACAGUGCCGGCCAGCAGAACGGAGCGCAAAGUUACCCUCAGUGCAUCAACCUGGAGAUUACCGGCUCCGGAACCGAUAAUCCUGCUGGAGUACCAGGAACCGCUCUCUAUGGCGCCAACGACCCCGGUAUCCUGUACAACAUCUACCGGGACAACCUCAACGACUAUGUCAUUCCUGGUGGUGCCAUCAUCUCGGGUGGUGUUUCAAUGAUCCCUCAAUCUAGGAUUCAGAUCACGGCAUCUGGUAGUGCUACCCCCUACGGUACAACGAUUCGUGCAAGCUCAGUUAUCACGGCCUCAGCCAGUGCCCCAGCUUCAAGUUCUGUCAUUGCUGUUGUCACUAGCAGGUCUUCAAGCACAAUCAGCUUUGGCAACUCUACUUCGGAUACUACCACCCUGAUCCAAACUUCUAUCACUGCUGCUACGACGACAAUCACACUGACUCGCACAAGUUCAGCCUCAAUCUCCAGCUCGAGCCCUAGCUCAAGUAGUACAAGCAGCACCAGCAACAACUCUCCAACCAGCGCCACGAGAACAACGUCUCAGACACCAUCGCCAACCACCUUCCAGACCAUGACCACGACGGCACCACCCGCAGGAGCACCGACACAGAACUUGUACGGCCAGUGCGGUGGCAUGAACUACGCUGGUCCGACCAGGUGCCCCGACUACGCGACUUGCACCACCGUCAACCCGUACUAUGCGCAAUGUUCUCCGGCUCCUGUACCCGCGGGAGCUCAGUCUCUGUACGGACAAUGUGGCGGUAUUAACUGGCCUGCUGAGAGCCCGACGUCUUGUGUCCCUGGCGCUACUUGCAAGACGGCCAACCCGUACUACGCCCAAUGUACUCCGGCAUGAUUAGUAUAGAGUUGCUUGUGUCACUGGAUGGUAUUGCGGUGUGAGGGUUGAUGUGGUUUAGCGUUGCAUGAUAGCCUGGGCGUUCGUGUUGUUUUCUUCCAGCUAUUUGGUUCUUCUUCAAAAAGUCAUCGAAUAUAUCUAGAUGGACUACCUUAUUCUUCAAUAAACGGCCUCCGGGUGAUCAUUUGUAUCUCACUCGCCCUUUUUAUUUUAGUCUGAACCCCUGAUGUCAGUCAAUCUCAGUCUUCUCUAGUGUAGGUACGUUACCUCUGUCCUAGGUGCAUGCUAGUCUACCCGGUAUGUCUACAAUCGAGAUCUUGUCCACUGAAAGUCUGCAGAAAUCUUGAUGAUGUCUUAGUAUAGAGGUCAUACAGACUUAGACUACAAACUUUUGAGUAAUCGUAAUAUGUUAAUGACCCGGAACCGCUGCCAGUGGCCUACCCAAUUCUAUAGACCGGUUGUCGAUGAGGAAGCCAGACGUGUUCAUUGCCUCGCAGGCCAACCCUUGGAAUCGAGCAGUGUAACACGGCAGCUAGUUCCAGUUGUUGCCAUACGUCUCAGAUCGUAUGUGUCACAAGUCACUUUGCCUGCUUUGGCCGCCUAUGCUCCAGUCACUGAAUCAAGUACCAGGAAAAG